AUGCCUAGUACUAGAGGAAAUUCAAGUGGUAGUCAAUCCACAGUGAAAGAAAAUCAACAUAACCUAAACGAUCGGAUUGCGAAGCUGGAAACUUUUUUAAAAGAAGGUUUAAGUAAUAUUAAAAGCCAAAUUUCCCCUGCAGCACCAUCGGAGAUUGAAUCAUCCCUAUUAUCAGGCACGAUAAAUGAUUUUGAAACCAAGUUUCUUGCUGAAAUAAAUUUGGUUAAAUCAGAAUUAACAAAAUUGCAGAGCUUAAUUGAUAAUCAGCAAAAAGAUAUCGAAAUUAUAAAGAAGGACAAACGAUCCAAAAUUCUUGUUCUAAACGGCAUUGAAGAGAAAGAAAAAGAAGAUAUAUAUGAUGUCGUCGUUAAACUCAUACAACAAAAAUUUAAAAUUCCCAUUAACACUAAUAACAUCGAUAACUGUUAUCGGAUGGGUAAAAAACGCCCACAUAAUAAGAAGCCUCGGCCAGUGGCCCUAAAGUUUGUAAACAAAUGGAUGAAAACUCAAGUGUUUGGUGCUAAAAAAGGUUUAAAGGGUAGUGGUAUAGUUAUAAGUGAAAUGCUGUCACAGGAAAAUCGGGAGUUGUAUUUGAAAGUUAAAGAAUCUGUUGGUGCAAGAAAUUGCUGGACUUUUGAAGGUAACAUAUAUACUUUGGUGAAUAAUACAAAAACACUUAUUAAAACAAUAUCUGACUUAGGUAAUUUAAUAUAG